GCGCGCAGUAAAAGAGGAGGUCUUCUGAGGCAAACUGAGCUCGUCUCUCCACCCUCCAAGCCCAGCCAGACUACCUCAUCCACGGUUCACUGUCUCUAAAACCUGACCUCCUCUCUGGACUUUACUCUCCACCGACUCAAGAGGACUUUUCCCGCCGCUUCUCCUCCAAGCUGCACUGCGGAAAUCUCUCUGGAAUCACACGAGACUGUGCCAACGGCUCCAAAACCAGAAGUGGCCACCGCAGGAAUCUGUUUGUGAGUCUCCACGGCGUUCUAAUAGCUCACCGUGUGUGUGUGUGGAGCUGUACAGGCCUCUAGGUGUGUUAACAAUGUACCAAGCGGUGAGGAAGCUGUUUUUUACGGACUGUCGAUGCGCAGAGGAUGCGUCGAAAACGUACGAGGAGCUGUUCGCCAAACUGGACUCGAACAAGGAUGGAAAAGUGGAUGUGUCCGAGCUGAAGGCAGGCCUGGCUGCUCUGGGCAUCAAGACCAGGAAAGGAGCAGUUGAGAAAAUCAUUUCCUCUGGAGACCAGAACAAAGAUGAAGUGCUCGACUUCGAUGAGUUCACCAAGUAUCUGAAGGAGCACGAGAAGAAGUUAAAACUGACCUUCAAGAGCUUGGACAAAAACAAUGAUGGUCGAAUAGACUUCAUGGAGAUAAAGCAGUCACUGGCUGAUCUGGGACUGGACAUCACCAAGGAGGCUGCAGAGAAGAUCCUUCAAAGCAUUGAUGUGGAUGGCACCAUGACUGUGGACUGGAAUGAAUGGAGGGAACACUUCCUGUUUAACCCAGCCACCAACCUGCAGGAGAUUAUCCGCUACUGGAAGCACACCACAGUUCUGGACAUUGGCGAUAGCCUUACCAUCCCAGAUGAGUUCACAGAGGAAGAGAAGACGACUGGUAUGUGGUGGAAGCAGCUGUCGGCAGGAGCCAUGGCAGGAGCCGUGUCCCGUACAGGAACUGCUCCUCUGGACAGAAUGAAGGUCUUCAUGCAGGUCCAUGCUUCUAAGAGCAAUAAAAUCAGCCUGGUUGGUGGUUUUAAGCAAAUGUUAAAAGAAGGAGGAGUGUCGUCUUUGUGGAGAGGAAAUGGCAUUAACGUCCUGAAGAUUGCCCCUGAAACAGCCAUUAAAUUUAUGGCUUAUGAGCAGUAUAAGAAGCUGCUGUCCAGUGAACCAGGGAAGGUCAAGACCCAUGAGAGGUUCAUGGCAGGAUCGCUGGCUGGAGCCACGGCACAAACCGCCAUCUACCCCAUGGAGGUGAUGAAAACCCGUCUGACCCUGAGGAAAACUGGACAAUACUCAGGAAUGUUUGACUGUGCCAAGAAAAUCCUGAAGAAGGAGGGAGUGAAGGCAUUUUACAAGGGCUACAUUCCCAAUAUUCUGGGCAUCAUCCCAUAUGCGGGGAUAGAUCUUGCUGUGUAUGAGAGCUUGAAGAACCUCUGGUUGUCCCACUAUGCCAAAGACACAGCCAACCCUGGUGUUCUGGUGCUGCUGGGCUGUGGGACAAUCUCCAGCACCUGUGGGCAGCUGGCCAGCUAUCCUCUGGCUCUGAUCCGCACCCGGAUGCAGGCACAAGCUUCUGUCGAGGGCUCAGAGCAGCUGCCAAUGAAUCUGAUGGUGAAGAAGAUCCUGGAAAAGGAGGGCUUCUUUGGACUUUACCGUGGCAUCCUGCCCAAUUUCAUGAAGGUCAUACCAGCUGUCAGCAUCAGCUACGUGGUGUACGAGUACAUGCGGUCGGGUCUGGGUAUUCAGAAGUAGGCAGCAGAGUCAUCUGUCCAUGAGAGUCUAAGAAGAUGUGCAACCAUCUUUCUUUUUUUCUUUUUUUUAAAUUUCAAAACACUUCCCUUCUUUCGACUGGCAUAUGAGGAUAUUGUUUACCUGCAGGUCACCAAAGUCUGGACUCAAACUGCUGCAGAUGGAGCCGCUGCAUAAGUUUGAAAGUCUUUGCAAGAAUUGGCUAAACUACUGAGCCACUAUAAGUGAGAGAAAUUCUGCUGCACAAACGCAAUGAAUGAUGACGUCUCUUUCCAAAUGUAUAUUUUUGUCCAGGCUCUGUUUACGAUGCGCCCACAGCUUUAAGUGCACUGCCAGUCUCAGGCACUCUUUGGGUCAACUGAGUUUUAAAACCCAAAACACUUAGAGAGGUUAGUUUUUGUUUGGCUUGUUUUGUUAGUUUGAGCAGAAAUGCCAUUGUUUUUAUCAGGAUCCUGUAAUGCGUCACGUGUUCCUUUAAUAUUUGCACCUUAUUGUACCAAUUUUGAUCCCGAUACGACGUCCAACAUAUCACCUGCUACAUAUUUGCUCCUUUAUUUGCUGUCUCCAUCAGUAUCAGAAAUAAUCAGACCAAAAAGUGAAAAGUUUCACAGCUUUACACAAUCUCCCAGAUGUUGUGAAAGAUGUCUGUAAGAGGGGAGUUGUUUCACAAAGAAAUCUGAGGAAACUUUUGAAGUGCAAUACUGUAUUCACACAUCGGUCAUUCGCAUUCUGUUACGUUUGACACAAGUAUGUUCUUUUGGGAAUGGAUUUCACCUAAAUGCUCCACAGUUCUUCUUUAUAUAGGACUUUAUAUUUUUGCACCUCUUCACUGAGGUUGGUGAACAGAAGAGAAAUGUGCCUUAUGUGGUUUUUUCCCCAGAUAUCUGUGAACUUCUGCGCCCUCCCUUUUCUCUUGCCUUUCUUUCCAAUAUUUGGUUCAUAGAUGCUGGUGUUUACAUUAAUAAAAACAUUUGAAUACAAACGUGA